AUGGAUCCGUCAAAGAAGAAGCAAUACCUUGCGGACAGCCCGCCAUCCGUCGUCCCUCUGCUCAUCAAGCCGCAUUUCGAAGCACUUGGCAAGACUGAGCAGCUUUAUUCGCAUUACAUCAGUCAGGCCUGCUUCGCUGGCACCAGAGUUGUCCUCAGACAGGUUUCCCNNCCGGAAUCAGAGCCUAUUUACGAUUUUAUCUUGAGUCUGCACAAGCACUGCAAUGGUGACUACUCCAAGCUGAAGUCCGAGACUGGCCUUGACGAUGAGGACAUGAACCACUGGUUGCAUUACGCCGCCCAAUUCCUUGGCAACGCUGGUAACUACAAGUCAUUUGGUGACUCCAAGUUCAUUCCUCGUUUGACACCAGAGAAGCUUGCAGCUCUUGGAAAGGUCUCAGGCGCAUCCAAGCAUUACGAACUCUGUAAGGAUGCUUUCUACGAGACCAGGGUUGAAGACCUCAUGCACCUCGGCUACCCACCCCAGCAUCUCACCACCUACUAUCCCGACUCUCCUCAGAUCACCAAGGAUGAGAUUGCCGCGGUGUCGGACUUUAUCAAGGAGAACGGAAACCUGCUUCCCGAGAACACGCGUCUGACGAAGCUUUCAUCUGGAGACUUUGAGCUUCUCAUCGCUUCUGCCGAGACCGACCCUGCAAAGUCAGAGAGAGAUGUCCCCGAAGCCUCUUUCACGCUGGAUUCUGAGCCUGUCAAGGGCAAGAAAAUCACUCUGAAGUACGGAGACCACGCAAAGGAGAUGGGAAACAUCGCAAGUUUCCUCGCCGAAGCCAAGAAGCACUCGACCAACCAGUAUCAGAGCGACAUGCACAGCGAAUAUGUCAAGUCUUUCAAGACAGGCUCCAUGACCGCCCAUGUCCAAUCCCAGCGCCACUGGAUCAAGGACAAGGGACCCGACGUCGAGUCUAACAUCGGCUUCAUCGAGACCUACCGCGAUCCCCACGGUAUUCGCGGAGAAUGGGAAGGCUUCGUAGCUAUGGUCAACAAGGAGCGUACCAAGGCAUUUGCUCACCUCGUCGCCGAAGCCCCCAAGAACAUCAAAAAGCUUCCCUGGCCCGCUGAGUUUGAGAAGACUUUCGUUGCACCCGACUUCACUGCUUUGGAGAUUCUAACGUUCGCUGGCUCAGGUAUCCCUGCUGGUAUCAACAUUCCCAACUACGACAGCGUCCGCCAGCAUCCUGAGGGUGGAUUCAAGAACGUCAGUCUGUCCAACGUCCUCUCAGCCAAGCCUCCGAAUGAGAAGAUUCCUUUUAUCAAGGACGAAGAUAUGGAGAUCUACAAGAAGUACGCCGAUGCCGCCUUUGAGGUUCAAGUUGGUCUUCAUGAGCUUCUUGGCCAUGGUUGUGGCAAGAUUUUGCAAGAGACUGAGUCCGGCAAGUUCAACUUCGACCGCAAGAACCCUCCCGUCUCUCCAAUCACACAGAAACCAAUCACUUCCUACUACAAGCCUGGUGAGACAUGGGGUUCGGUCUUCGGCGGUAUGGGUCCUAGCUACGAGGAAUGUCGGGCCGAGGCUGUCGCCAUGUAUUUGGGAUGUGACUACAGCAUCCUCCAAAUCUUUGGCUUUGGAAAUGGAGAAGAGGUAUGUCCGCUGAAGAAAAAUCAUUUUCUGAAAAAGAAAAGAGAAAAGAAAAACCGCCUGCUAACAUUGAGAUACAGGNACCUUCAUGGAGAAGCAGGAAACGUCCUCUACGCAACAUAUCUAUCCAUGGCUCGUGCAGGUGUCGCUGCUCUGCAGUUCUACAAUGUUGACGCGAAGAAGUGGGGACAAGCACACAUGCAAGCCCGUCACGCCAUUCUCAAAGUCUUCCUGUCUGAGCCAGAGUUCUGCGAGCUCGAAUACACCAAGGAUGACCUCAGUGACCUGACCAUCAAGCUCGACAGAACUAAGAUCGCCACCCACGGUCAACCUGCUGUCGGAAAGUUCUUGCAGAAGCUUCAAGUCUACAAGGCUACUGCAGACCUCAAGGCCGGCAGGGAGCUGUACGAGGGCAUUACUAGCGUAGAUGAGUGGUUCGCUACGAAGGUCAGACCUGCUGUCCUGGCAGCAGCUCCUCCUCGCAAGGUCUUUGUGCAAGCAAACACUUUCAUCGAGGGUGACAAGGUUGUCCUCAAGGAGUAUCCUGCUACUCCUGAGGGUCUCAUCCAGAGUUACGCUGACCGUGACUACAUCUGA